AUGGCAGGCGCUGGUGAGCACAAAGGCAAGAAAGAUGACAAUGGCAUUGGCACAGCCAUUGAUUUUGUGCUCUCCAAUGCCCGGCUGGUGCUGGGGGUGGGUGGAGCAGCCAUGCUGGGCAUUGCCACACUGGCGGUUAAGCGGAUGUAUGAUUGGGCGAUCAGUGCCUCAUCCAGCCCCACCCGCCUGAGUCAUUCAGGGAAAAGGAGCUGGGAAGAACCAAACUGGAUGGGCUCCCCUCGAUUGCUGAACAGGGACAUGAAGACAGACCUGAACUGGUCCCUGCAGACCCUUCCCACAGACUCUUUGGCCUUUGAACAGGAGAAACUUCUUACUUACUACCGGAACUGGGCAGCCAUCCCUGCCGGAGAGCAGGCUCGGGCCAAGCAAGCUGCCAUGGACAUAUGUGCUGAGCUCCGGAGCUUCCUAUGGGCCAAGUUGCCUGACAUGCCACUUUGGGACAUGUAUCUGAGUGGCAGCCUCUAUGAUGACCUUCAGGUGGUGACUGCUGACCACAUCCAAUUUAUUGUGCCCCUUGUGCUGGAGCAGAACUUGUGGUCAUGCAUCCCUGGAGAGGACAUGAUCAUGAAUGUCCCUGGCUUCUUCCUGGUUCGUCGUGAGAACCCAGAAUACUUUCCUCGUGGCAGCAGUUACUGGGACUGCUGUGUCGUCGGGGGCUACCUCUCCCCAAAGACAGUAGCAGACACUUUUGAGAAGGUAGUGGCUGGCUCUAUUAACUGGCUGGCCAUAGGGUCCCUCUUGGACUAUGUGAUACGGCCAGCUCCACCUCCAGAGGGCCUGACACUUGAAGUGCAGUAUGAGCGGGACAAAGAUCUUGUCAUUGACUUCCUACCAUCGGUGACCCUUGGUGACACAGUUUUGGUGGCCAGACCACACCAGCUAGCCCAGUAUGACAACCUGUGGUGGCUGAGUCUGCGUCCUGCCAAGACAGCACGUCUGCGGGCUUUGGACCAGGCUGACUCAGGCUGCCAAUCGCUGUGCCUCAAGAUACUCAAUGCCAUAUGCAAGUCCACUCCAGCUCUGGGCCCCCUCACUGCCAGCCAGCUAACCAAUGUCAUCCUCCACUUGUCCCAGGAAGAGGCUGACUGGUCUCCAGAUAUGCUAGCUGACCAUUUCCUGCAGACUCUGAGGGGACUCAUCAGCUACUUAGAGGCAGGAGUCUUGCCCAGUGCCCGAAACCCCAAGGUGAACUUAUUUGCAGAGCUCACUCCUGGAGAAAUAGACGAAUUGGGAUACACUCUCUAUUGCUCAUUGUCUGAGCCGGAAGUGCUGCUGCAGACCUAGGGCAGUGAAGGCCAGAGCAGGUGUUGGGGGGUCAGGCACUGGAAUCACCAAUAGAGACAGCUAGCUACGUGGUUGGUGCCUCACAGGGUCCCUAGGUGCCUCCUGUCUUGCUGGUCACCUUCCUGGUCACUUCAUGCUGAUUAGAGUGACAUCUUUGAUCUCCUAUUUUCUCACCCAACCCUUUUUAUUUUUGUUACCAAACACUGUGCUCCCUACUUCCCACCUUGCUCCAGGCUUUUUUUUUUCUGGAAUGAAUUGAGAUGGUACAGUGCUGGCCUGAGUUGCUGAGACAACUUGGGUGUUGAGCAUUUUGGCCCAGAUUUCCUUUUGCCUCUCCUGUUCAGUGUCUUUUCCUCUCUUGUUCACGCCUUCUGUUUUGCUCUUGUCCUUGGAGCCUGUCUGCCUAAUCAAGGUGUGACCUUUUAGUUGAAUAUCACAGAAGAGCUAUGACUGCAUGUUUGCAAGCUGAACUUUGCAGAGUGAGUGCUGAGAGAGUAUUUAAGGUUUCUUGGGGUGAGGCUGGUGGAACCAGCUUUUGACCCUGGUUCCUGGAAAACAAAUCCAGUCCCCCUGCCCCCUCAACUCAUAUUCUUAAGUGCUGAUAGCAUCUCUCCUGGGAACACUGUAUUCAGCCCACACAGGAUAAAUGGAUGCA